AUGGCGGAGAAAUGGCGAAAGUUCAAAGAAGAUAUGAAAAAAAAACGCUUGAGUGGGAAGAGCCAAAAAGGGAAAGAUGUUUCCAAACGUGAAAUAACUGUUCAAAUGUUAAGCGCGGACGUGUCGGGCAAGGCCCAAAAGUAUUCACGUAUCGGCCCAAGGGAAUUUGUCCAGUUAUAUGACGACGACGAUGAAGAUCUAGAUCGAUUUUAUACAAAAGAAGAGAUGACAAUUGAACGAGUGAAGGAUGCAUGCCUGAAACAUUUUGAACCGAAGGUUGGAAACAAUGUUGUAUGUGAUAUUCUUGCCGGUGAGCAAGGACCUUUCUGCGCAUCCUUGAAGCAAAUACCUAAUAUGAAUCUUAUAUACGUCAGAUUCAUAAACAAAAGCUCGACAGCAGAUGCGCCUGUAUUCGUUGAUGAUACUGACCCAGUUCAUCCGCAAAGCACAACUGUAAAACGAAAGGGCCCUAACUCUGUUCCAAGUCCAAAAAAGCUAAAAUCUCAACACCAAUGCCUAAGAGUCUCUCGGUAA